GCCUUUACCCGGUGAAAGUGUUUUCUCUACUCCGCCAAUUUGUAUCACGCACAAACGUACAUGGUGUGUGCGCUUUCUUUUUGUUUUUAAAAGAUCCUCGACAUUGAGUGUGUUGCAUUGCUAUUAUUACUAUUAAUUGCGCCGCGCCGUAUCUUUUAGCUCACCUCUUCUUCUUUUCUUCUUCUUUUAUUUCUCUCUUGCUGUUGGUGCUCACUAAAAUUCAGUUUUCCUAUCGGGUUUUUAAAAUUAUUUGUUGCUCUUUGCUUCUUUUCGCGCCCCUUUGUAAACAAAACCUCGCCGAUUCUCACCUUCAUACCGAGGCCCGUGACGGCGCUUUUGUAUUCGCCGAGGUUGUUGGAUAUAUAUUUUUUAUCACUGGGUGAUUUGAGCUGCAUAUGCGUAUAUGUAUAUUCAGGGCUGCUUACCUUCCCUUUACUUCUCCUCUUGCUUCUUCCCUUGUCAAGGACCGAAAGCGUGUGCUUGGAUUUUGGGUGGCGAUUGAUACAACCGUUUUUUGUUUGUCUGUUUGACGGCCCACAUUCCUCUGCAUCUUUUUCCCUUUCGCUCGAGGAGACCCCGCACCUCCUUUGUUAUUUGCUCUUUCCAUCUUUCGCUUGCAUGUCAACCCUACGCAACGGGGUUCGGCGAGGUAUCGGGUACACGUGCCAGGUAGACGCUUCACUGCUUGAAUCCUCUUUGUUUGCGUGCUGGUUGGUUUCUCUUCCAACCCUGACUCGUUAAGCACAAUACGUCAGUCGCGAAGCUUGUUUUAUAUAUAAAGAGAAAAGGACAAGAAUGCUCCGCUUCAGUCGCGCAAUAAAGAGUUGCCAGGUGGUCCCUGUGCAAGGAACGCUGCGGCGCGCGUUGGGCCAACGUUGUACCACUGCGCUGCCAACCGUCAGCGCGGUUACCGCCAGAAACAGCGCCGCACAAAUCGGCGCGACGCCCGCCAUUCAAACUCCUCAGCGGACACUGUUCUCGUCGGCGCAUGGGAAGGACGCAAAGCUAGUUGCCCCACUGGAGUACGAAACCGGAGGCGAGGGUCUCGUGGUGGGGAACGCGAAGUUGGGUAUUCGCUCCAACACGCUGACGGCGUACGAGCGCUCCGACUUUCUUGGUGACCUCUACCCCCUCAUCCGCCCACGUGCGGAUGCGGGCGAUAUCCUCGCCCUCAUCGACACCUCUGCCGGACACGCCGCCUUCACCCAUAUAAGCGGGCGCGUCUACGGAGGGAGCUUCGUGUUCAACGACAACCGCAUCUCCAUGGCCACCAUCGCCUUCAACGCCUUCGUGUUCAGCAAGCCCGUCUUUCAAGGCGAUUUGAUCCAGGUCAGCACACACGUCAUUCACGCCGGAUCGAGCUCGAUUGGCGUCCACGUGCACGUGAACCGGCAGGCGUACGACACCCCGGUGCCAGAGACAGUGGGCGAGAGCUACCUGACAAUGGUCAUCGUCAACGCGAGGACGCUGCGGGUGGCGCCGGGCCACGUCCCUGCGGUGCGACUCACCGCCCCGUUCGGUGAGGAGCACCACCGCGAGUACCUUGAGCUUCGCGAGGGGGCGAAGGAGCUGACAAAGUUUCACUCCGACCGCACCCUCACGAAAGAGGAGGUCGAGCUCCCCGAGAACCAGGCGAAGAAGCGCAAGCUGAAGCCGGCGGACUGCAUUUGUACGAUGGACCGUAGCUUCGGCGUGGCGGACGUCAACGUGAACAAGGCCAUCUUUGGUGGAGAGGUGUUACGGUUCAUGGAGAAGUGCGCGCUGCACUGCGGCCGCGUCUUUGCUCGUCAGGCGCGCCUCUACACGCUGGGCAUGAUGGACAUGACCUUUGACGACCCGCUCUUCAUCUACGACCUUGCGCGGUGCAAGGCGCAGGUGACCUGUGUGCGGCGCUCCUCCCUGCUGGUGAGCGUGCGUGUCACCGCGUUGGACGGGGAGGGGCGGGAGCGCUUCACGAACCGCGCCUCCUUCAUUCUUGUGGCCAUCGACUCCGUCGGCAAACCUUUUGAGAUUGAAAACGGUAUUGACCUGGAUGGCGCCACGCAGAAGGAGCUGCUCGCCUACUCGCACAGCUGCCGGCUGAUGCGGUCGGCGAACUCGCGGCGAAAGGCUGGUACACGCAGAGAAAGGAAGAAAGGCGAGGGCUUGUGA